GCGCGCUUGUUUUAUGCACCGGGUUGUCUGUCUGGUGCAAAGUUGUCAACCAACCAAAGAAGAAGAAACACGGAACUGCCAAACAAGCAUGAUGUAAAUGCAUGAAAAACUAGCUGCAGGUUUGAAUCAAUCUGGAACUUUUGAUCCUGUUUGUGCACAUUAACACAAUGGAGUCUGAUAGACACAGCUGUUCCUGUUGCUCCCAUCCAGCCUCUGCUCCCAGUGUUCACCAGACCUUGAGUGAAAUGGAUUUUGAACGAGGUAUCUGGUCUGCUGCAAUGGAUGGAGACUUGGAGAGGGUCAAGUCUUUGGUCCAGAAGGGCACAGAUCCUAACCUGAGAGACUCAGCUGGAUACACAGCUCUGCACUAUGCAAGUCGCAGUGGUCAUCAUGCCGUAUGCAAGUUUCUUCUUGAGAAUGGAGCUUGUGCAUCUCCCCAGACACCGGGCGGUGCCACGCCACUCCAUCGAUCAGCUUACUGCGGCCAUCUGGAUGUGGUUAGACUCCUGCUGCACCACAGAGCAGAUCCAAUGCUCUGUGAUGACGAUGGUGCAUCCCCUUUACAUAAGGCUGCAGAACAGGGUCACAUAGAGGUGUGUCAGCUGCUUCUGGAGCACCGUCCAGCACUCUGCAGCCAGGUGAAUAAGAGGCUCCAGCUACCCUUCCAGCUGGCACCGCAGGGAGAUCUGCAGGAGCUCUUAAAACCACCUCUUUUGACGACGGACGCACUGCAUCUGGGGCAUACUGACCUCAGACACAUGACAUAAACUCAAAACAUACUAGGUGGGGUCCGCUUAAAUCAGGAUUAAGCUCAUUUGGGUUGACUACGUUUUGCGGAUUUUUUUCUCAAUUGAACAUUGAAGAGCCACUGAAUGAAACUAAGAGCACGCAACAUUACAUUUUCUAGCUUUGUACAAUAAACAUCCUGUUUUUGAUUUCUAGUUUAUUUACUUGUGUAGUAAUUACACCUCUUAAGCCAGGGCUGGCCAAAGUUGGCCCGCCAUAAGGUUCAAUUUGGCCCACCAGAUAGCAUUUUGUUGUGUUUUAUUUUUUUAAUUAAAAGACCCGCGGGAUUGCCGGCAAUCCUGACUAAUUUAACCGUCUUUCGGAGGCUGUAGCAGGUUCAGAUUUAGAGCUAGAGUGAGGGUGCUGGUAUCAUAUGAAACUACAAAACCACAAGUCCUAACCUAAAUCCAUCGGUACCAACCAUGUCAUUCUAGCUCGUCGGGAAGGAGGCUAAAUAAUGCUCCAAAUAGGCUAAAUUUUGACGAGGUAAAACAGGCAAUUUUCACAGGGGUCCCUUGACCUCUGACCUCAAGAUAUAUCACUUAAUCAUGCUUCAAACUUAUUUGCACAAGUAUAUGUUAACUUGUAACAUGUUAUACCUUUUCACCAAAAUGUUUGGUGCUUGUAAUCUUUAAUGUAAAUCAAAUCCAGUGUUUCCAAAAAAAAAAAGCAUCAUUAGAGUAGGCAGGUGUUUUGUCAAGGAUCUCACUUCAGUUACUGGACAGUGUCCGUUUGCAUGUGUGAAGAGCUAUACUCGUCUUCGACUGGUGAAGUUUCUCUUGCUGUAGCUCAAAGCUGCUCUGAUGCAAUACUAUUCACUCAGUUCAAGAGUAGGUACCCGGCCUGUGAGAAUGAAUCAUGAAGGCAAUCAUAUUGUGUAUUUCACCUGGAGCGUGAAAAUCAAUGGAAGAGCUAUGGUUAUUUAUUUUAAUACAUCUCGCUGAAUGCAAUAUGGGGCAAUGGUUGAUUUGUGUUUGAGACAGGGAGCGGUGUAGGUCUCCCUUUCUAUGAUUAUUGCACUCGACCGUGGAAAUAUAUUUCCAUGAAUGACUGUUAUAAAUAAACUGCUAUGAAGAAGAA